CAGGGUGCAUUGGGUAAGUGGGAGUACGUCAGCAAACGCGGUAGUAUUAUUCAUUGGGGACACAUGUUUCCUUUGCUUGUUGACCGAGAAUUAGAUUGUUGGCCAGAGAAGAAUAUCCGGAAACGAAGAUGGGUAACUGUGGAUGAAGCGACACAAGGAUUUAAGAAUGGGUGGAUGAGGGAAGCUUUAGAUGAAUUUGUUCGUCGGAAACAACAGAAAGAGAACAAUACAUCUAAUGAGUAGAACAGUAGCGAAAAAUGGUUGCCUUGUUCCUUGAAAUCUUGUGAGAUUUGAAGGAUAGAUGAAGGAAAGAGCAAGAGGCAUCAGAAUCCCAACAGAGAUCAGGUUGUAGAAGUUGGGAUUUUUGAACUCGGGUUUGAUGGAAAGAAAAUCCACAAAAAACCGGUGAAUUUGCGGAAAGCAUAGAAGCAGAAGUCUCUGUGGAUGUACAAAAUGUUGAAAUACUUCGGUUCUUCUGAUUCUUCUUUGUGGGUAGAAAUUUUGAUUCUUUUUUUAAACUGAAAUAUAAUUUUUUUUAGGUUAGUUUUUCCUUUUCUCCUUGGACCGAUGUACAUGUAUAUCACAGCUUCUGUCUAUCCCUAACAAAUAUCUAUAUCGUACUAAUGCUAAGAGCUAAAUUGCUAAUUUGCUAUUGUAGUGAGGCUUUUGUCAAUCUGCCGGAUUAUGCUAUGGAUUGCAAACAAUACAAAAGAUUACAGGAAGGUCUUUUGCUUAUUUGCUGCACGGACUGCAGAAGUCAGAUUGUGGGGCUGUUGUAUUUGCAGUUUGUCCUGGAUUGACUUCAGUCUUCAGAACAUCAGUUUGAAAAGUAACGUAUUUAUACGUUUGAAUGAUGAUAUAUAAAAUAUGUAUUUAUAC